AUGGGGGAGUUCGGGGCCGGAGGACCGACCCCGGAGACCGACGGACACGAGGCACCACGGCUCGGUCCGACCCGCGCCGGGGCCGUCGGCCCGUCAGGCGGCCGCGCUGGUUCUCCGGGCCGGCCCGCCGGCCUCCCGCGCGCUACACGCAGCCGCCACCGCCACCGCCGGGGGCCCGCCCCGGGGCGGGGAAGCCGCGGGCGGGGUGCGCGGGCCCGGUCGGGAGAAGGGGAGGGGACAUGGCGCGUUACCUGGGCUCGGGCGACGGCAAGGGGCGUCCGCUCUCCCGCGGCGGUUCGUCCGCGGGGGCGCCGGGCCCGUCCCUCCCCCGGCGGCCCGGAGCGCUCCUCGGCCCCCGCGCUGAGGCGUCCGGGCCAGGCCGCCCCUCCUCGGCGCCGCGCCGCUGCCCGCGCGGGCCGGGCCGCCUCGAGCUCCCGGACCGCCCCGCGGCAGGGGGCCCCUCUCGCGGGGCGCCCGGCUCCCGGCACCCGCUCCCGCCCCCUGGGCGGCCGUGCAGCCGAGGGGAGGGCGGGAAGGGCCUCCGGAGGAGAGCGGGGGGCCGCGAACGCGGGCUCCGCCACCCGAGCCACUCCGUUACCGCAGCGGCGACGACGACCAGGGCCGUGUUGUUGCUGCCAACUUGUCGAGAGGACACUGAGCAUGCGCGCGCAGAGACCACAUCCGGAUUCACAGAUGAAGAAACUAAGGCAAAAGAGAGAUGAAAUAAUUUAUUCAAGACCACACUGCAGUUUUACUUCAGAGUCUAUGCUCCCAUCUACUACGCCAGUGGUCCUCCCGAGACGAAGACAGCCACCAUGUCCUGACUGCUGGCUGCCACACACGAUGGGGUGUCGCUCCAGGACCUUGCUUCAGACGUGUAAGCUCCAUCCAUUAAACCAUUGUCUCUGUUGCUGACUCCGGGCUCUUUUAUUGGUCUUGAAGCUGGGCAAGCACAGGCCUUGUAGGCCUGUGGAGUGCAGCCCAAAACCAUUGAUAAAUAUUACUUAACACUAAAGCAUGACCAGGUUCAGUACCCAUACUAUCUCUAGUUUUCAUUUUUAUAGAUGUGAGCCCUGAGAAUCUUGUUUUAUAAGUGAGUAAAUGGGGAUGAAAAUAACUUUGUAAUAAUAAUGUUACUCAAGUUUUCGAACCAUGUCCAAAUUGUGUACCAAAAAUUACGUAGCGAUUGGUGAUUGCCAGAGGCUGGGGGGACGGGGAAGCAGGGGGUUGUUGUUCAAUGGGCAUAAAUUUUCAGUCAUGCAAGAUGAAAAACUACUUGAGAUCCAUUGUACAACAAUAUGUAUAUAGUUAACAAUACUGUAAUAUACACUUGAAAAUUGUUAGGGUAAAUUUAUAUUAUUGCAGGUUUUUUGUGGUUUUUUUUAACCACAAUUACAGAAAAAAAGAGUCAAGCCUGAUCCAUCAACUGAUGGAUAGCUAAACAAAAUAUGGUAUAUCCACACAACGGACUACUUAUUAUUCAGCCAUGAAAAGGAAUGAAGUUCUGAUACAUGGACAUAAACUUGGAUGAACCUUGAAACAUUAUGCUAAGUGAAAGAAACCAGAAGAUCAUGUACUGUAUGAUUCCAUUUAUAUGAAAUGUCCAGAAUAGGCAAAUCCACAGAGACAGAAAGUAAAUUGGUGCUUGCCUAGGGCUAGGGGGACGGGAAGCUGAGGGGUGAUAGUUAAAGAGUAAGGGGUUUCUUUUCUGGGUGAUGAAAAUGUUCUAAAAUUAAUGACAGUGAUUGUACAACUCUGUGAAUAUACUGAAAGUCAUUGAAGUGUACACUUGAAUAAAUUGUGAGGUAUGUAAAUUAUAUCUCAAUAAAACCGUGUUUGA